CAGCAGCAGGUGGAGCCCGGCUCAGUAGCGAGCAGCGCUUGGCCGGAAAGCCGCGCCGCAGCCGCCCGGCCGGGAGCUGGCCCGCUAGGCUGGAGCCCACGCCGCCCCGGUCCGACCCAGUUUCCCAGGCACCGGGUUACGGAAGCCGGCGGCCGGGGGACGCGGUUGGGGCCGGGGCCGGAUGCAUCUCUGUGAGCACAGCUGCGUUGGAAGACCCCAGCCCAGGGCGCAGGGCUAACGGGACCUGGCUCGCCUCGGCCGCCACCUAAAGACUUGUGCUCCCGGGCAGAGCGGCUGUGGGAUUGGGGACCUCGGAGUCCGGGCACCUGGUAUCUGGGUGGCGCGCUCGCCUCACCUCCUCUACUCCGGAGCGGACAGAGAAGGCUCUUUUCCAGGGGACGGACCUCCUCGUCCGGUCCUCUGUGGAGUCCUAGCCCCCAAUGCCUGUUGGUCUCAAGAACCUCUCUAGUUGACACAGGUCUGCAGGUGUUCUCUACUGGUUAGAUUUUUUUCCUCGGCUAGGGGAACAGUUGCCGCCAGUGACAUUCCGUGCCCGUGGGCGCUCCACGUCCUGGGUCUCCUGUGCUGCCCGAGUCUUGCCGGCUUCGCUGACCCUCAAACUCUGUCUCUGCUUGUUGUGCGUGCUCCUAGCCUUUGGUUUUUCCGGGAUCGUGCGGACAAGCCGUCUUUUCGGCCCCCGUUUGGGAGGGCACUCAUAUCUCCAGGGAGCGGUUUUGUGUGUGGUGGGAUCGGGGUCCUCAACCAUGGCCUUCACCUUCGCUGCUUUUUGCUACAUGCUGUCCCUGGUGCUCUGCGCUGCGCUCAUCUUCUUCGCUAUCUGGCACAUAAUCGCCUUCGAUGAGUUAAGGACGGACUUUAAGAGUCCCAUAGACCAGUGCAACCCUGUCCACGCGAGGGAGCGGCUGAGGAACAUCGAACGCAUCUGCUUCCUUCUGAGAAAGGCCACUGCUGUCCCGGUACCUCCCAGUGCUGACUUCCUCUGCCUUCUGAGGCUUCACAGCGGUUCUGCCUUCCCCACCACCUGGUGUCUCGGUACUAGAGUGCUUGCUGGUGCUGCCGGAGUACUCUAUCCACAGCCUCUUCUGCAUCAUGUUCCUGUGUGCUCAGGAGUGGCUCACCCUGGGGCUGAACGUUCCGCUGCUUUUCUAUCACUUCUGGAGGUAUUUCCACUGUCCGGCAGACAGCUCGGAACUGGCCUACGACCCACCAGUCGUCAUGAACGCCGACACCUUGAGCUACUGUCAGAAGGAGGCCUGGUGUAAACUAGCCUUCUACCUCCUCUCCUUCUUCUACUACCUGUACUGCAUGAUCUACACCUUGGUGAGCUCCUAACUCCUGCUGAUGGAGAGGCUGCGGCUGGGAACCACUGCGGCUGUGGCUGGGGAAGGGCCAGAUGGGGAUGAUGGAGACACCCAGCUUGGCAGAGACUGAUUGGAAGGAGCUGGAGUCACACAGCAGACAGGGUCAUGUGACCCGUGUGUGUCUGUUGUUGCUGUGUGUGUUGCUGCCUUUGCUGUUCACAUCCCACAUGGAUUGCAGAGUCCCUCUGAGUGUCGGGGGUGCCAGCUUGUAGCUGAUGAAACACUCAACCUCUGGAGAUGAGGUUGUUGCUUUUUUCCUCCACUUCUCUGAGCAUCAGUAACUUGCAAGUUCACAUGGAGUGCCUGCCUGCAUGGCGGGAAUGAGGCCGGAAGCUAGAAGGUACCAGCCAAGGGACAGAAAGACUCGGGGCCAAGGCCACGUCUUCAGAGAUGAUUGAGACUCUCAAGGAUACCAUGGGCUACCCAAGAGUCUUGUUCUAUUUUGUUGGCAGCAAGUUAUGCCCAAUGCGAACUGGGGAGGGGAGUGUGAGAAAAUGGAUUUUUUUUUAAAUGUUUGCAACAUGUCCCAGGUGUGAGUUCUUCACCAUCCCAAGAUGUGUCCUGCCACGGCACCAAAAAUCCAUCAGAGUCGUGACAUGCCAAAUCAUCUGCCUGGCAUGAGCCAAAGCCUAAAAUAACAAGCAAACCUCAAAGCAGUUUGAAGUCCAGAUGCAGAGAGCUGCUGUGUACAAGGGUAUGGGCAGCCGGGAAGUGAGACACCGUAAUUAUCACUUCAGUCGAUGCUGCACAGCCUUUGUGCUGCCCGGUUCAACGUGGGGACAUCCGCCGAUUUGAAUUUUCCACUUGGCUUUUGCUCCUUUUUGGGGGGUGGGAGUUGUACGAGGGGGUGUAAACAGUGACAAGGCUGAGAUUUUUAUGAUGUUUAAAUUGGGCACAAUGAUUUUGACCUGAUUCCCCAAACUUCCUUGCUUUUCUACUGUUACACACACACACACACACACACACACACACACACACACACACACACACACACGCGCGCGCUAUUUAUAUACGCUCCCAUCUGAAUCCUGUGACUCAGGUUUUUGAAUGGUGUUUGUGUAACACAUUGUGUGCUAUGUUUAAAAUGCAGCAACAACUUCAGCAAGUCACCUCACCGGCUCUCUCUUUUCAAUCCAUCCCGGGCUGGAUGUGUCUCCAGAUGGUUGGCAAACUAGCAGGUAGAAAAAGCAGUUUCAAAACGACACCGUGUUUCUAAAAAUGCUGCAGAAAACAAAACAGGGAGAAAGAAAAAAUAAAACUCACGAGGAAGAACAAAAACAAAAUGCAGAUUCCCUGGGGCCCAGCAGCAGUAUAAAACCAUAGCCUUUACAAAAUGCAGAUUCCCUGGGGCCCAGCAGCAGUAUAAAACCAUAGCCUUUACAGGGAGGUGGGGGGAGGAGGUUUUCCCUUGGCCAGAGCCCUUGCUACUGUUGAGGCUGCAUGGCCUCCCCUGGGUACCAUUCGCAGGAUGGCUAGUUACGGCCAGCAAGCAGUGAAGUCUGGGUGGCAGGUGCAAAGCAAACUCCAUCACCAUCUUGCAAAAAAAAAAAAAAAAAAAAGCAACUGACAUGGAGAAGGUAAAGAAGGGAUCUGUGUGCCUCUCAGGGUGAGUCUGUUUCAAAGUUCACUUUCUUCCAAAAGGGCCUGAAGUAGUAGCUUUUGACAGGAGACACCAAUAUCAAAGAUUGUUAAUGUGGAAUCAGGACAUUCACACGCCAAGGCUUUACAUUUUAUACUUUUCUGGCACAUUGAAUCCUCCACAAAAUCCGGUUGUUUUCUCGGUUUUAAAGAGAGGAAACUUUGAAGACCUGCUUUUGAACCUGAAGUCUGAGGUUAAGAGAACGUGCCCCUUCUGUCCCUUUAGCUUGGGGUCCUGCCAGAGUUCAAUGGCUAGCAUUGACUUUUGUGGGGAAGGAUUUGAAAGCAUAGAGCUUUGGUAGGAGUGCUCGGGGGCACGGCUCUCUUUCAGGGAUGUGAGCGAUUCUUCCCUUAGGCCUUUAACAUGGUAGUUCUUACCUUUCUGAAAGAAACACGUUGGAAACUCCCCUGCCGUCAGUUGUGAUUGGGAAAUAAGUCCAGUGAUCUCACGGGAGUUACAACUAAUUUCCAGUCCCCCAGGAGAAGCUCAUUUUCCUGAUGGUAGAAGUAAGGUGGAUGGGCUAUUGACGGAGUGCAGGUGUGUGCCAGGUGCCUCCAUAAAGGAGAAGAGCUGCUUACAGACAUGCACAGCUGGUCAGGGGCGUGGCUUUAACCACGCAGGCUUCUUCCCACGGAGUUUUGCUUGGGCGGCUAACUUUGUCUCUCAUUGUAUGCCCCAUGAAAGAAAGGCGAGAACAAGGCAGGAGAAAUGCCUCAAAUUUCCCGGAGCCUCAAGAAUCCAAAGGAAAUGUUUUUGUUGAGCAAGAUAGAACCCAUGUACCAAGCACAGGUCAGGGUGUUUCAGGGGCUUAGCCUGUGCCUGAGCUAGCCUGGAGUAUGGGCCCCGUUUCUCUGCGGUAGCCCUGUGUGGCUGUGCUGUGUGACCUGGAUGGUGGUGAGUCACUUAAGGUCAACCUUUGCUAAGGGGAGAGAAGAAUGCCAGGCUCCCUCCUGGCUUACUGUAAAGAUGGUGUGACUUCACGUCCGGUGUGCCUGGUAAUGGUGAGUACUCUAUACGGGAAGUUCUGCCCUGGCAUCUACGUGCUACCCAAUGCCCCACCUUCCUGCCAACCAUUCUAUCUAUAUCUCGUUCCGUCCCCACAAUGAUGUUAUGAAGGAGGAACUGUGAAUGUCUUCACAGUCAUAGUUGAAAGCUUUGGUACAAAACUUACAGAGGUCAAGGACCCUGGCCAGUCAUACUUGCCAAGUUGCCAGCCAGCGUCUUUUUGCCUCUAGGGCCGUGAUAUUUUUGCAUUCUCAAAAGAGUGACACGGUAUAGGAGGGGGGUGAUGGGAUGUGAAAGAUAGAGCGAGAGUGAUGAUGGACAGGACAGGAGCUGAGCAGUAAGCCUCACGUGUCUCACGGCAAGCAACCUGGGGUGCCGGACUGCAAUCGGAAAGACAGUUGGCGAAUUUGUGAUGCUUAACUUUUGUGAGACGCUGCUUUCUCGUCUGUCACAGAAGGUGCAUACCGCCUCCAUGGGUGUGAUAAGUCAACUGUGUCUAGAGAGCUCAUAGCAGAGAGCCUGUCUCUACAAUCUUGUCCCAGAAAAUCUCAUUUCCUGGUCCUCCCUGCACUGCCCCUCCCUCUGAUGUGCCUGUGAUUAUAUAGGGGAAAAAAAAAAACAACAGCAAACAAAACUAGAUGUGUCUCAUAGUAGCAAUUCUCAGCGAGUCUGUUUUCUUCCUGUCCUCUCUCCUUCCUGGGGCUGGGGGUAGGGGGUGGUGGUGACAGUCCCAGCCACGCAACAGGGGUAACAGCUCAGCCUCAAGAAAAAUACCCCCUCUGCGCCCUAUUUUUAGGCUUGGUAAUUGCACCAAUGUUGAAUAAAAUUGUCAUCAUUAUGACAGUUUUAUUCUCCCACGUAAGAGAUGAAUGCAGCCAGCAAAAUGCUUUGACAACAAUUAAUUGCACUCACACUGUGUUAUCACGCAGAUCCGUUUUAUAGCCCUUUCUUUUGGGGGGGGGGGGACUUGGGCUGCUUCGUUCCACAUUGUGCUCUGGCAUGUGACUCUGUAGAGCCUUCCCCUCCCCUGGUCCUUAGACCCAAACCGGCCAUCUUCCCCACUGCGUCCGCUCCAAGCUUGAGCCCCAAAGCAAAGCAUGGGAGGUAAGGAGGGAGGGAGGGAUUCCAGACUGCUCUUAUGACAGGACUCUUCCUGGGAGAUGGAGCUAAGCAAGGCAGAGCUUCUUCAGGAAGCUGGUGGGCAUUUCCGAGGAAAGGUAGGGUCCCUGUUUGGGAAGAGGGAUGUUCUUUCCUCACAGAGAACUGCAUAUGAUGGGAUGAGAAUGUCCAGCACAUUCCUCACAGCUCUGUUAGUACAGGAAGACCUGAGUCAGACCUAGGGGGUUGGGUCUCAGUUGCUGCUUAUGAUCCAGAAACGGCCACAACCAAAAGACAACCUCCAGACAUUGACCGCUAUGUGGCCAUUCCUGACACCUCCCACACCCCAUGCAGUUCUUCCCCAACAUUCCUGGGUGCCCCAGAGAGGCUUUUCUAUGUCUUGAACUUGGGCCCUUGGCUACUGUGUGGCAACCAUGUUUUCUCCUUUUCCAGGGAGCUGUGUAUUUGAUGUGGCUCAUCAGGGCUUACAGGAACCAACUGUUCUGUUUUAUAGGGAAUUUGCUGGCAGUUGUUAAAUGCAGCCACUGUUAAAACCAAAGUUAUGUAAGCUGUGAUUACUUACGCAGAAGACAAAGAUGUGUAGUUACAAGCCCACUUCCUAACAUACAUUUAGUAUUCCGUGUGCUCCGUAAGUGCUGGCUGUCAAUUUUGUGGUAGAAAUAUGGAUGUCAUGUGAUUGUGUGCUCCUGUUCAGCCUUCCCAGCCUCAAGUUCACUGACGUCAUUAGUACCUGGACAUUGCCCAUGAUGAAAGCGUUGACACCACAGAACUUGGGAAAUGCACAUAUUAGAUGUCCUGCUCUCUCCCCCCCCCCCCCCCCCCCCGCCCCAUCUGAGUGCGGAUUAAGCACUUCCUAUUAGUGCACCCUGGUCUUCACUCUGGCACAGUUGUGUGACCACAUCACGGGAGCCAGUAACCAAGGCGACGGUUGCUGCAUCUUUAAUGCAGCAGUGGGUAUGCAGUGGCUGGUGGGUCUGGGGUCUGGGCCCCUGGUGGCAUGACCUUCAUGACCGUGCCUGUCAUCCACUCUGGCUGGGACACCAGUGAUACUGCUACUGUUGUCCACUUGAAAUCCUGUCGGGGGUUAUUGCCCAGCUUUCCGUGAAUUUGACAGCUUAUAAAGAGAAAGUUAUUUUUGUCUCCUG